UAUUAUUAUUAUUGUUGUGUUGUAUUUGUUUUAUAAAGGCUAUGUCAAUUUUUAAACGCGCUUCAGUUAUUUUUUUAACAAACAACAAAUACAAUAACAUGUACUUGUUUGAAAAUGCCCAGCAGCUCACACGCUCAGUGUCUCAGUGAUAUUGCAUUCAGCGUGGUUCAGGUGCACAGGCUUCCUUCUUUCUUUGAGAAAGAUAUAUUGUGAGGCACUUCAGAGACAAAUAGGUUGUUUAGCAAAGCGACUAAUAAUAUUAUAAACCUUACUGCUUCACAGCCUGAAAUACAGAAACACGUAUUUCGUCGUUUCGAUCGACACUCCCUCCCCCCUCACAGUACAUUUAAAAAAUCAUAAAUGUGAUUAUAGAUCAAUAAACCAACUGACUAUUGGAUAUCAAUUAGUGAUCGAUAUACCUAACGUUCACGUUUCACUGACUGUAUUAGUUAACGAUAAACGAAUACAAGAAAAAAAAUAAUUGUCUAUUGAUUUAAGUAAUCGACAUUAAGGAUAGGCUAUUCAAAUAAGACACAAUCGUUUUUUUUUAUUUUUUAUUUUAUUUUAUUUUAACUUUGUAAAUCGCUUAUUGUUCAACAGAGCUCUGUGUAAACACUUGUCUUCUGUGAUGUAAUGGAUGGGCUCGAGUCGCGCGUUUCACUUCAAUGCAAUGCCUUUAGAAACGCCACUGAUACCGGUCACACGUGUAGAAAAUAUCAACUCUCACAAUAGUUUGGGUAGAUAUAGGCUAUUAAACAGUCCAAUACAAUUCAACGUUAUUUAUACUUUGUGGAGAUUUGGGAUCGAUUUGUGAAACUCUUGAGUCUUAUAGGCGAUUUCAUAAAUCUAUCGCGUUGUUUUCAUUUUCUUCUUCUGUGGAACACUUUUUUUACAGCAGUUUACACAGGACUUUAGCAUUAUUAAACUUUUCUUUAAAAUUUUAACAUAUCGUAGAGAACUGAUCUCAGAAUUUUGGUGGAGAUAUAAACGGUGACUGUUGUCGACAAUAUUCUUCGCUUCAUUAUCCCUGUGUGCUUGUGAAGAUUCUCUCAUCCCUGUAAAGACAAAAAGCGCACCUGCAGCAACAUCACUGGAUUUGAACGCAUUUAAUUGUAUAAGCAACUUUUAAACUGCAGAAUUCCAGAGCUGUCAGCAUUAAACAGGAACCAAUGUUGGUGCUGGAAGUUUUAAUGAAAUUAAACUUGUUUGCGAUAAUAAACUGACUAUUUAUUUAUUUAUUUUACAUAUUUACCAGCAUUUGAAGGUGGACCUUUUCCGACACCAUUUAAAACACGUUUAAUUAAAUCUGGAGCGGUGAUGUUUGACUGGACCAGCUGCAGUCACUCUUUGAAGACUGAAAAGAAAAAAAAAAUGAACAUUGUUUAAUUAAACAAAAACAGACGUCACUCGUUGGUUUGUUUGUAUAUCUGUGAUUUGUUUUCUUUACUUUUUUUACUUUGAUCACCUUUGCAAAAAUCAUUCUUAUACUGGCAUAACUUAGGGGCCUAUUAAAAAUAGAGUGAAAAUAAAUUAUUGAACUUCAAAGUUUGGAAAGAAAACACGCUUUGUAUUCUGCUGCUGGUGUUAUUUCUUUUCAAGGGGUUAGACCUUGUUUGUGUUUUAAUUCUUCAAUCGCCGCAGAGCCCGUGGCCCGCUGCUGAGCUAUGCGGGCAGGAAGCCGCGUGCUGUGAAACUCCUUUCAGCUUGUCCCAAUGCGCAGCCUCGCCAGCACCAUUCUCAGCGUUCUGUUUGCGUUGCUCCUGGUGACCCCAGAUGCGCGAGCAACAUUGUGGCUGUCUCUAGUGCGGCAGCCCCUGUCCCGUGGAUCCUGCUCUGAGCUUGAGGGCCUGUCGGGAGGGCAGGUUGUGCUGUGCCAGCGGCAGUGGGGCGCGAUGGAGUCGGUGCGGCGGGGGGCGGAGCUCUCCAUCGAGGAGUGUCAGUACCAGUUCAGAGCGCGCCGCUGGAACUGCUCCACGGGGUCAGGGGUCAACGUGUUCGGGAAGGUCGUGUUGCAAGGUACCCGUGAGGCUGCCUUCAUUCAUGCUCUUUCAGCAGCGGCGGUGGCUUUUGCGGUGACUCGGGCGUGCAGCCGCGGGGAGCUGGAGAAGUGCGGCUGCGACCGCAAGGUCAGAGGGGUCAGCCCUGAAGGGUUCCAGUGGUCAGGCUGCUCUGAUAAUCUCUCGUUUGGGGUCGCAUUCUCUCAGUCCUUUGUGGAUGAUCCUGAGAGGAGUCGGGGCCUAUCCUCAAGCCGGGCACUCAUGAACCUGCACAACAACGAGGCGGGUCGCAAGGCGAUCGUGCACAGCAUGCGUGUGGAGUGCAAGUGUCAUGGUGUGUCGGGGUCCUGCGAGGUGCGCACGUGCUGGAAGGUGAUGCCGCCGCUCCGCCGGGUGGGGAACAUGCUGAAGGAGAAGUUCGAUGGGGCGACAGAAGUACAGCUGCGAAAGGUGGGGUCCCGCAAGGUGCUGCUGCCCCGGGACCCCCACUUCAAACCACACUCACCUCAGGACCUGGUCUACCUGUCCCCCAGCCCAGACUUCUGCCAACUGGACCCACGAGGGGGGAUCCCCGGUACAGAGGGGCGGCAGUGCAAUGCCACAUCUCGGCUGGCUGUGGAUGGCUGCGAGCUCAUGUGCUGUGGGCGUGGAUUCCACACAGCGCGCGCUGAGGUCGUGGAGCGCUGCAGCUGCAAGUUCCGCUGGUGUUGCUCGGUGCAGUGCAAGCAGUGCCGCAAUGUGCUGCAGGUGCACACCUGUCGCUAACCAGGGGGGUGGGGGUGGUAAAGCGAUGCUGACGUCACGAUACAGGUGAUGGUCCUGAUGGGCUGCUUGUAUUGAUGCAUAAGAUCAAAUUAGCAUUUAACAAUGGACUGUUUUGUUAAUUUUAAUGAGAUAGGGAGAGUAUGUAUUGAUACCAGCUAUAUAACACACUAAUCUCUUCAUUCAAGAACCACUUGCUGGGAUUUUGGUCUUGUAUCACGAUACAAAUGAUACGAUGUAGCAUGCUAUGAAAGUAUCCGGAUUCAUCGAUACACAGUGAAUCAUUCCACCUCUAGAGGGCAGGUUAGCAGGUACGCUCUGGUGAACACGACAUGGGGGUCAGACAUGAUUCUGAGAGCUCUUGUUAAGUCUGCAGGGCUUAAACUUUUAAAAAUGCAUCAGGAUGCAACAACUAAACUAGAAAAUGAUACAAAGGGAAUCUGAAGAUGAUUGCAGGAUGUUAGAUGGGAUAACUGAUAUGUCACGCCCAGAAAAGAAUGCUCUUUGAAUGGCUGCUCUCUCUCAUCUCAGUGUUUGUAGAGUUUCAUUGUUUAUCUGUUUGAUAUGCUGUUAAUGUGUCCUGUCUAUAACCCCACCGUCAGUCUGGGGAAGAAGCUGUUCUUUUUGGAAGCUCCUCUCCUUGGUAACUAAUACACUGAGCAGAAACAGGGCAUAACUGAGGCAUACAGAGAAUGCAAAGUUAGCUUGAAUAAUGAACUCCAUAUAUUAGUAUUUUGACAAGCAGCAGACUUGCUGGGCUGUUCCUGUAAAUAUCAUCUUGUAGAAACACGAGCAAGGCUUCAGAGAGAAGUCCUUCAUCAGGGGCUGCAUGCAGGGCUGCUCCAACAUUGUACUGAGCUGCAUUUCACAAUGUGUUAAACGUGGAUGAAAUAACAUUCAUAUUCUCAAACGGUAGGUGACUUCAAAUGCUGUAAACAUGCCACUGCAUAAUGAAAAACAAUUGCGUGUAUGGCUGAAAUUUGACGUGUACAUAUAUUUAGCCUAAUAUUAUAAUUAUUAUCCACGCAGUGGUAUCAAUACUGAUUAUCACCACUGAGUAUUACAAACUAAAUAAAACAACGUGGUUGUUGUUGUUAUGCCUUUCUGUCGUGCACUGUGAAUUGCAAAAUAACAUCCCAUUCCUGCAUAUACAAGUCCUGUCUACUCUUGGCUUAGUGUUGUUACUAAUGGUUUUGGACUCCAUCAUUGCCCCUUUGUCCUCAGUACAUUCAGUUUCCUUAUACUGACAGACAGCAGAUUGAAAUAAAAAAGGGAUUUUCAUUUGACUACUGGGUUGUCCAAUACCGUUGGUGCUAGACUACACUCACGUAGCAAUUAAAGCACCAACAUUGAAUGCAUUUCAUUUUGUGAAGAGGAGACAGUACCUCUCCAUUAAUGUGCUGGUUAUAAGUGAUGCCCGACUCCAUCUAUGAAAUGCUGUGGCUAAAUGGCCAGGUGGAACCCACGAUUCAUUUAUUUGUCAGAACAGCAGUGUGGGCUGAGCAAACUGAGCCAUGACAGACUGCUACAUUUAGCACACAAGGCUAUACACAGGCGUUUUAAAUGCAAAUUUCCAUGUGCAAACAAUUUUAGUGACAUUGAGAUUUACUAACAUAUUUUUUAGAAAUUGCACACAGGUGCCUUACGCAAGAUUAAUAAACCAGAAUUUAAUUGUGGGUGCAAACAUUCUAAACUCUGUGUGUACGAACAAUUUAAGCAAUGUUUUUAGGAACAGCCCCUGGGGAGGAAACAAGUCUAAUCCAUCACUAAGACCCACACUGGACUCUGUUUAGACAAUAGCACACUAUGUUUAAUGUUUUGAUGGGUUGUGUUUUGAAGGGCAGAGUAGUUGUGUAGAAAUGCUUGAGAGGCAUCAGCUGCAAUGUGGCCGAGUUGUGAAAGCUGUGAGUGAACCAAGACAAGCAGCCCCAGCACUGCAGUGGACUGGAAUCAACAGUAUAAAAGGCCACUCCUGUUUAUGUGCUGUAUACAUUUUCAGAUUUAUUUUAAUUGUAAAAAUAUAUACAUAGAAAUGACCAACACUGUACUGUGACAAUGAAAAAUAAACUUUUAAACUACUCUUUAAAAAAAAAAAAAAAAAAGUCUAACAGUGUGUUUUAUUAUUUCAAAGCACAACAUUAAUAUCGUAGAAUUCCAACCGAGCCCCUUUCCCUGUCUCUUAUACAGGACUGCAGUCCGUCUUCUCGAUAUUAUAAACUAAUAGAAGUGAAAACUGUCCAGUCAACCCCCUUGCCUUCUAACUUUUUAGAAGAAAUCCCAGAACAGUGUUUUUUUUUUUUUUUUUUUUUUUUUUUAAAGUGCAUUUAUUUUAAAGUUUUGAAAAUG